AAGUCGAAAAAUAAGGCUGAUAUGCACCCACAAGUCACAACGUCUUUCAUUACCAUCGAUUCAGAGACAAAUUCUACACCUUACCUUACCAGUAUGCAUCAAACUCCGGCCAUACCCCGCCACUUGCUUUAGACUAUUCCAAAACCCUUUAUUGCUUCGACAUUCAAUUCUUUUCUUCUCUGGUAUGAUUCUUGCUCUGUUCUCUCCUUGCAAAAAUGGGAGACUUCUUUCAUCACAGAAAAUUCCUUCGGUUUUUGAAAGAAGAUGCUGAGGACUGCGAGGAUUCUUGUAGUAAAGUGCCAUGUGUUGGUGUUUGUAAGUCUGGUCCUCUGAAAUUGCAUCCACCUCCACCAAUCGAGAGCCAUAUUGUUCGAAAAAGCAUGAUUAUCGCUUGUUGUAUGGUUAGUGCUAUUUUUCUUAUUUCCCUUGUUUUCAUGGUUAUGAAGAGGUAUUUCAAGAGACGUAACGAGCCCAGAGAGAGAAUGGCACCGAUUCUAUUCGAAACCCAGCAACAAGACUUUGUGGAUGAGGAUCAUGGGCCUGUGAUUGAUCAUCCUAUCUGGUACAUCAACACCGUUGGUUUGCCUCAGUCUGUUAUUGAUUCCAUCACUGCCUGCAAGUAUAAAAAAGAUGAUGGGUUGAUAGAAGGAACGGAGUGCUCUGUUUGCUUGAGUGAGUUUGAAGAAGACGAGACUGUGCGUCUCUUGCCCAAGUGUAGUCACGCUUUUCAUGUUAGUUGUAUAGACACCUGGUUGAGAUCGCAUAAAAACUGCCCACUUUGUCGCGCACCAAUUGUUUGUGAAAAUGCCGCUGUUAACCAAGUAAAUGAUUCGGGUCCUAAUUUUAAUGAUUCGAACUCUAGAGAAGAAACCCAGAUGGAGAAUUCUGAGAAUCAUGGAGCAGCAGCAAACCAUCAGGUGGAUGAAGGGGAAACUAGUGAGGUUAGAGUCAGAGUCGAUCCAUUGGAAGAUGAAAGCAAUAAUGAAAAUAGAGUGAAGGGUUUAUCCAAUUCCGUUGUGAGGAGCUGUGAUUCUCGAGUUUUGAGUGAUUUAGCUGACAAACGACAAGUCGUUGGCGAAGAAAUAGAGCCAAUGAGGAGGUCAGUUUCAAUGGAUGCAUCUUCCGCCGUGGCAGUAUAUCGUGCUGUGGCUAAUGUAGUUUCUGAUCAGGGAAGCUCAAAUUCACAGUUAGCAGUACCUGUGAAAAAUUCCAGUUUGGCUAUUGUGUCGAAACGGGUGAGUCAAAAUUUAAGCUUGUAUAAACUAAUGAGAAGUUCUUCAAUCGGGUUUUCUUUGCAGAAAGGACCUAUUUCAAUGAAAAGGUCUAGUUCAUCUAGCAGGAAGGUUUGUUCAUCUAAACAUGGCAGGAGUCAGAGCUCAAUCCUCCCAUCUUAGAAAUAUAUACCUCCAGUUUGUAGUCCAAUACUAAAAUUAAGAUGUCGACACUACAGCUUUGCCCAACAAGCAUAGAAAUAAUCAAUUAUAUUAUAAAUAUACUAUAUGCUGCUUUCUUUUCUCGCUAAUCUGAAUGAAGCAGCUCCUAUUGUGAUCAAUCUUUUUACUUAAAAAAGAGUAAUUUUGGUUCCUGAAACUCAAGUUGUCAAGUUCGUUCCUGAAGGUUAUAAAGGCCAAAUAUCUGGAAUAAUAACAUACAUGCUCCAAUUUUGUUUCUUUUGGCAA